CUUAAACCUUAGAAACCUGCAACCAGACACUAUUACCAAUACCUCUACUAGAUGUUAACAAUGGCGCUUAUAAUCCAAAACCCAGCUGUAUUUUCUAUGAAAUUAUCAGCAAGUUUGGGCCUUCUACAUUAUUCUCCCAAAAUGGUGUCUUCGUCUUCUUCCUUCUUCUCUGUCCGUUGCUAUUCUGCUGUUUCGCAGAGGCCCCUCAGAUGUGCAGUUCUUGGUGCUGGAUUUGCUGGGCUGUCUGUUGUUUGGCAUUUGUUGCAGCAAAGUUCUGAGGAACUGAAUCUACGCAUAGAUAUAUAUGAUGAAGUUGGCAUUGGUGGAGGUGCAUCUGGAAUGUCUGGUGGACUCCUUCAUCCCUACUCUCCCAAAGUUAAGCUUCUGUGGCGAGGAGAAGAAUGCUGGAAAGAAAGUUUAAAGCUUCUAAAUAUUGCUGAAGAUGCUCGAUCUUUAGACAUGGGAAAGCCAGAAACUGUAGCAAAAGAAGGUGACUUUAUAGUCAGGAGAAGUGGAAUCGUGAGACCAGCACUCUCUGUGAAGAAUAUGGACGUGAUGAAUGAUAAUGCUCAAAACUGCAUUGCCAGCUGCAGAAUAGAGUCGAUUCACAAGGAUGCUGCGCAGAAGCUUGUACCCGGUUUGUGUGUGCCUUUGGACUUGGCAUUCCAUAUGCGUGAAGCUGUAAAUGUUCAUCCUCAGAAUUAUCUUGAGGCUCUCUACUUAGCAUGCAGAACUUUUGUGGAAUCCAAGUGCAGUUCAGGCAUUUCAUGUAAAGAGUUAUAUUUGCACAAGAAAUCAGUUCAUAAUCUUCAGGAAUUAGCAGGUGAAUAUGAUGCAGUGAUCGUAUGUGUAGGUGCUAGAGCAGCUUUUCUUCCUGAGUUCUCUGGAAGGCUUCCAUUGAGGACAUGUAGAGGUGUUAUUGCUCACUUGCAGCUCCCUGAUCACAUCAGGUACAUAGAGGAGUAUCCAGAGCACAGUCCUUCCAUCCUUUCAGAUGCAUGGCUUGCUGUUCAGGGACCUCGAACGUUGUAUUUGGGGUCAACGUGGGAAUGGAAAUCGAGGAAUUAUUCCAGACACGUCCCAGAAGAAGAAGCUUCUAAAGCUCUUGAAGAGUUACUGCCAAAGGCAUCUGCUGUAUAUCCAGCAAUAAAAGAUUGGACCAUAACAGGAGCAUGUGCAGGGCUAAGGGCAAUGCCACCGCUCACUGCAGAAGGAUCACUUCCACUCUUGGGUUGUGUAGAUGAAUUCAUUGGCGGCCCGAGAGAGUGUAAAUACUGGCUAUUUACAGGGCUUGGUUCCAGAGGUUUGUUCUACCAUGCUUGGCUUGGAAAAUUAAUUGCACGCUCUGUUCUUUCAUGUAAUGAAGACUUGAUCCCUUCUGAAUUAACGUCAUGGAAGCAUCGAGUGAAACAAUAGGAGAAGAGAUUGUCAAAUGUCCUUGUUAUUAUUUUCUUAAAUAAUAUUAGACAGAAUGGGCUUAAAUGGAGCGACAUGGACAAUGAGGAUUCAAAUAGCCGACCCCAAACCUGCUUGGGCUUGAGCGUUGUAUUAGUUCUUAAUGGACGUGCUUAAUGGAGCGACAUGGAUAGUAAGAAAUCAUAUAGUUGACCCGAACUCACUUGGAAUUGAGGUGUAGUAGUUGCUGUUGUGGCUAGCGGCCUCUCCAACAAGCUCACUUCCUUUCUAGCAGGCAAUGAUAGUCUUGCUCUAUUGUAACAACAAAACUUUUGAUGUAAAUGUGUAUUAUUGUAAUGGUAGGUUGUUGGGUGGCUAGGAGAAUAGAGAAAACUAAUUACUUUAUAUGUUUUGUAUGGUGCAAAAGCAUAUCUGGUUUUGUUUCUGGUUUUGUAAUCCUUUUUAGCCA